CUGAGAUAAAAUCAUGUCUGUCCACAGGUUUAUACAAGUUGGACUUCGAGUAUCUUAAGAUAAUAAUAAAGUACAAUGUACUAGUAUUUGAAAUAUGUCGUGCGGUUACUUGUCUCCAAAAUAAACCGUCAUUCUGAUAACAGUUACGGUGAAAGUCGGAUGGAUUAAUUUUUUCUUUAUAUCAUAAACAUAAUUUGCACAGGAGCAGAUCGAGUUGAACUGAUAUAUAAUAAAACAUGGAGUGCAACAUGAGUGACUGGAAACCAGAAUAUGCCUUAAACUACCUUGUUCAACAAGUAGAAGAGCAGUCUAGCUUGUGUGACGUUACGGUCAAAAUGGGAUAUUGGGAAAAGAAAUUCCAUCGAUGUGUUCUUGUGAUAAGUCCAUUCUUCGACCAUAUUCUAAAUGACAACUUCCUAGAAAAGCAAAGAGGAGAAAUUAAAAUGACAAUUGGUACACCUGAUUCGCUUCAAACAGCUAUAAUGUACCUUUAUGGAAAGAAACCGAAAUUAAGUCAAGAAAAUAUCGAGAAUGUUCUAGAGAUGGCUGAGUUCCUUCUAAUUCCAAAUCUAAAGGCUGCUUGUAUAAUCUGGCUCAAUUCAACGGUGAUAACAGAGGACAACUGCUUGGAAUUCCUCCAAAUAUCCAGUAUUAACGAUUUUGAAAUCGAAAGAUGUGUAGAUUUUAUCGAAGAGAACUUGCCAGAAAUGCUUGAUCAUCCUCUUAUGAUAAAUCUUACACAAGAAUCGGUACAAAUGCUGUUUUCCGAUAAACGGCUAUCAUACGUACCAAUGGACAACAAACUACUGUUUUUAUUCAAAUGGUCAGAAGCUGUUAAUUCAAGAAAGGUACAUUUGACGGAAUUAUUGACGACCAUUAAUUUUAACGAAGUCAGCAACUCGCUUAUGCAAAACCUUACACAUAAAUAUGCUGAUUUUAUACAAAUAGAUCGUAAUUCUCCCGUCGUAGAAAAUCAACAGGUCCUUUUUAUGAAAGGAUAUGACAUGAGUUUUAAAACAUGUAAUACGUUCUGGUGUUUAGAUUUGGAAAGAGAGCAAUGGUUCCGCUUUAAUUCUGAAUCAUUCAUAAAAGAAAGGUCUGACCUUUAUAAAAACAUUUCCGGAACAUGUUCGACCGCUUCCGGACCAGUAGUAUUGUUCUCGGAUGGAGACUUUCAGCUAUCAAGAAUCUUAAUGCUUAAUUUACAAAUAGAUAAAUGCACAAAAGUGAAUAUAAAGGGAAAAGACGAAAGUUUCAGAAUUACACGUAACGACAAUUUUAAAAUUUGCGGAGAUUUAUGUGUUGCGUCCUUAAACGAACAAAAUACAAUACACAAGAAAUCUAAGAAUAAUUCUGUAAUCAAUUACUUACGAACACAAGGACUUCCAAAUAAUGUUAUGACGAGACGGUCAUCGACAGACAGGCUUAUGGCAAUUCAAAAAACACUUCGUGAAAGAACAAUUCAUAUUAGAACGUCAACCUUGUACAUUGGAUACAUUGCCGAUGGAAAUGUGGAAAUGUCACCGAGUCUCUCUUUCAAAGACGAUGAAAUACACCGAUUACUUAUAAGUGAAACUGCAAUAGCUAUAAUGUUCAAGUCACAGAAAUAUGUCGCAAUUGACGAUCUUGGUGAGUGUAGUUUAUUGAAAAUAGAACAAUCAACUAGCCAUGAAGACCACCUUGUUCAAUUUGAAAAUGGAUUUUUGAUUCAUGAUAAUACGAGAUGCAUCAGCUUGACGAGAGCAAAUGGCCCAUAUCAUUCAAAUAAAUAUGAAGUUUGUGAAAUUCCAUUUGAAAAUACUGAAUUUAAACAUAUAGUUUACUGUUUUAAAGGCCAGAUGUGGUACCGUUACCAUCGCAAAAGCUACCACGAGGGCCCUGGUGUUUUGGAAACUGUUCCAUGCCAUGCAGUGCUACGACGAAAACUUAAGGAAUCUUUAUCAUGGAAACAGUUACCAUUGCCCCCAAAAGCAUAUUAUUUUGAAAACAUUUUUUCGAGCGAAUGUUUUUCAAUGUUUCUUCCAAAAUCUAUGCUUCGUUGUGACAUAAGUUGUCCUCACUGCGAACCAAGUACUAGAACAGACAAAUAUCCGUAUUCUAUAGUUUAUGGGUUAAUUAACUUCAUCGAUGCCCAUUGGCCUGAUGACGAUCCAUUGGACAAUCUAAUGAACUAUAAUGCGGACUUUUGUUCAUAUGAUUAAAUUUUAAAAGAAAAACAUUCGCGCAGUCUGAGAGAGUCGGUUAACUGUUGUAAAUAUCUUUGACGUAUUGGCAAAUAAGAUUCACGUUGUACAACUUACAGAUGUAUUCUGACUGAAUCGAAAACGUAUAUACUUAAAUUAACAUAAACAUCAUUGUUGCAAUUUAUAUCCACUUAUUUUGUUUUUAUUUACCAAGGUGUAAAGCAACGCUCUGUUGGUAUUUAUUCCGGUAUAAAUAUUGCGACUUUGGAUUUGAUAAAUCUCUAGGGACGGAUAUUUCUAUCUGAACCGCAAACAUAUUUCAGAUAUUUAUUCUUGCAUAUAUGCCAUAUUCUUUCAUAUUGAAAACUGUUUACUUCAGUAAGAUAUUUGUUCAUUGAAAUUUAUGACGUGUUAUAUACAGCUAAG